AUGGGCUCCCUGUUGCCCUGGGGGGCGAAAGUCAGCGACCUCCCCGAAAGGUCAAGCCUCUGGAGCCACGCUUCCCGCCGGGGCUGGGAGCAGAGCCGGAACGCCCCCGCGAGACACUGUAUCCCGAGGCCAGAAGCACCGCCGGCCCGUAAUCCCGCGCGACCCCUUCAAGAGAGGACGACCCGCAGCCCCCGCCCGCAGCCCUCAGGAGCAGAGACCCGCGGCUUCCUGCACCCCCACAGCCUCCCUACAGCGGCAGACCCCCAGGUCCCUGGGGUUCCGAUACGCCUGGGCGCCGCCCGGCCCUUCGAUACUCACACUCACAGCCGACCCCUCUUACUCCAUCAGGCCCCCGAGGCGCCGGCGAGGGAGCCCACUGACGCCCCAGCCACCCCCCUCAGCUUUGGGUCCGGCGGCCCGCUCCGGACCCGCUCCCCACCGGGAAACCCCGCCGCCGCCGCCAGAGCGCAGGCGCACAGCGCUUCCGUCGCUCUCACUUCCACCCCCCCCAACCCCACCCCCCCACAAUGGUCCGCCUUUCUCAACAACCUAGCUUUAUUUGAACACAGAAGAGUGAACAACGGACACAGAGGAACAAGGCUUUACUUCAAAAGAAUGGAAGAUCAAAAGGCAGACCAGCUGUCAGAAGAAUUAUCCCGCUGCACCGGACUCUGCUGUAACGCUGUAAACAGCCUCCCUCGUUUUUUUCCCAUUCUUUUUGCUUUUUUUAGGCUUCCCUCUUGCUCCUACACUCUUCCUAAGCUCUGA